CCUGUUCCGGAGUUCAGAUGGGCGCGCUGAGCGCCGGGCACUGAGAAACCUUGUCCGCAUGUGCUUAGUCUGGCUUGGCAUACCUUUUAUAAGCCUCCCAAGCCUCAAACCUAACCGCUGAUUCAUAAUCCUCUCUAAGCACCAAGGCUUUUCGACAUUCAGGAGAAUUCCACUUCAAGUGCGCCAUCCCAGUCUUCCGACGUUCUAUUGUUAUCUUCAUUUUUAGGUAUCUUAGGACCUGCUUAAUGGUGCCUUUCCCUCAAGAAAUUAUCGACGCGAUCAUCGAUGAAGUGCGGGAUAGCUCCUCGUCCCCCUACCGCCACAGCAAUCUAUCCUGCUGCUCCCUUGUUUGCCAUUCUUUCCUACCUCGAUGCAGAAAGCACCUAUUUUCCUCUAUCACUUUGACCUCCGACAGGCAACACUCGUGGAAUAAAUUCCAUGAUCGUAUCUUCAAGCUUUCUCCCGAGAUCAUGUCGAUGAUCCUCUCCGUUACAUUGAGUUCGGGAGAUGAGCAUGAUGGCGAAGAGGAGAUCCUAUACACUCUUCUCGCAGCUAUGCACAAUCUCCGGCACGUCAAACUGACCUCCGGUUUUCAAGGAAAUGCAGCUCUCAGUGCGUUGAAAUGCCAUACAGAUACCAUCAUAUCGCUCCGGUUCACAGAUGUUACAUUCUGGGACUCUGAGGCAUUUCUCGACUUCAUUGCUGCGUUUCCUAACCUUCGCACCCUCGCGAUUAAAGAUUUGGAUUAUAAAAAAAGAGCCCUUGACAAGGUUUUGGGAGGUCAACGCGAGAGCCUCAAAAAUCUGGAGACAUUCUAUUUCCACGCGUCUAGCUACACACGAAUGACUUCAUUUCGGGAGCUAGUCGAUGAGGGAGAUAUUGUUCCUUCCCGCUCUUUGCGUCGGUGCGGCGUUAGUUUGUGGGACAGGGAUGACAUCUUGAGAGCGAAAACGAUUUUGAAUGACUCAUUCAAAGCACUUGAUGAACUUCAUUUGAUUUACAAUACCCAAAUAAACUUUUGCGAUAUCCUCGAUAUCUUCGAUUUCAACCUCCUUGAUCUCCCGCGCCUUUCUAUCACAACUUUCCUACCGCCAAACUUUCAAUACACAGACGUAGACGAAUUCGAGCAAGGAGUUGCGAGAUGUGUUCUGGAUGAACAGCUCGCACUCGAGGAGCUCACUCUGCGCGUCUAUCCCAAGGAGAACUGCGCCACUCAUAACCUAUGGAAAUUUUUGGACGCAUCGCUUUCUGGUCCCCGUUUUCCACAAUUUCGUCAUCUGACGAUCGAGUUGAUCCACUCUGAUCGUGGCCUUACGAAUGACGGGAUGAUGCGGACUAUCGGGAGGCAGUUUGUAGCGUUGAAUGAGAGGGGCGGCGUCCAGAUUAGUUGCCGCGGCUCUCUAUCUGACUUCAAUGAUUCGGUUUGAUAUAUAUUUUGGCUCAACGCUAGCCAUUCUUGCAACUCUCUUCGGAGGCUGUAUUCUGAUAAAAACUAUGUUGCAUUCGGGAUUACAUUUGACGCAAGAUGAGACAAGCUAUGAUGCCCUUAGACCUGAACGUUAACCUUCAAACAUGCCAAAUAAGACUAGAUUCCGUGUAUUGCUAACUUUAACAUGCGG